AUUGCUCUAAUCUUCUCUAGCGACUCCAACUUCUAUAUAGCCUUGAUGGCUUCAUUAGAAUUUUUAACCAACAAAGGCUCAAACUAGAAAUGAUUCGACCCCAUCAAAAAUGAAGAUUCACAAUCUAAAGAAAAGCCCAAUAGUGCCUUCUUCAUUUCUUGCAACCAACAAAGAUUCAAACUAGCCUUCAGUUAAUCUAAAGAAAAGCCCAAUAAAAUAUCUAAGACCCAUUUCGUUUAUUAAAGAUUCACUAACAGAAUCCUCAUCAUCGACCCCCUUGCUCUCUCUCCCUUCUCUCGGCUGUCCGGCGAGAAAUCGCCGUCACCGCCGCGUCUCCUCCACUCUCCUAACCCUCUCUCUUGUCUCCGGCCUCUCUCCCUCCAACGUAAUUGAGCUUUUUUUCGUUCUUUGGAAAAUUUUCAAUCUAAAGGGACCGACCGUUGUGCCAUCAAUUCUCAAAAACUGGCCGUUCGCAGCUAAACCCUAACUUCACAUUUCACAAAAAAAUAUCUGUAACUCGAGAACAGAGUGAGUGAAAGAUGUCGGUUAUGCUAGUAACGAGUUUGGGAGAGAUUGUGAUGGAUUUGUUCACUGAUCGUUGCCCCUUGACCUGCAAGAAUUUUCUCAAGCUCUGCAAAAUCAAGUACUAUAAUGGAUGCCUCUUUCACACAAUACAAAAAGAUUUUACUGCACAGACAGGUGAUCCGACAGGGACGGGAUCUGGUGGUGAUUCUGUGUACAAAUUCUUAUACGGUGACCAAGCUCGGUUUUUUGGCGAUGAAAUACACCUGGAUGUGAAACAUUCGAAGAUCGGAACUCUAGCCAUGGCUAGUGCUGGGGAGAAUCUUAAUGCUUCUCAGUUCUACAUCACAUUGCGUGAAGAUAUUGAUUACCUGGAUGGCAAACAUACUGUGUUUGGAGAGGUUGCUGAAGGGCUGGAGACACUUACUAGAAUAAACGAAGCCUAUGUCGAUGAAAAAAACAGACCCUAUAAAAACAUCAGGAUCAAACACACUUAUAUAAUAGAUGAUCCUUUCGAAGAUCCUCCCCUACUAGCUGAGUUGAUCCCGGAUACUUCGCCUGAAGGAAAGCCAAAAGAUGAAGUUGAAGAUGAUGUGAGACUGGAAGAUGAUUGGAUCCCUAUGGAUGAACAACUUAACCCACAAGAACUUCAGGAGGUCUUGCGUGAAAAGGCUGCUCAUACCAGUGCAGUAUUACUUGAAACUAUAGGGGACAUUCCUCAAGCUGAGAUGAAGCCUCCUGAAAAUGUGUUGUUUGUGUGCAAGUUGAAUCCGGUAACUGAGGAUGAUGACUUGCAUACAAUAUUUUCUCGUUUUGGAGUUGUAACAUCUGCUGAAGUUAUCCGAGAUCACAAAACUGGUGACAGUUUGUGCUACGCUUUUAUAGAAUUUGAAGACAAAGAUGCUUGUGAAGAAGCAUAUUUUAAGAUGGACAAUGCUCUUAUUGAUGACCGAAGGAUACAUGUUGACUUUAGUCAAAGUGUUGCAAAGCUAUGGUUCCAAUAUAAAGGCAAAGGUCGGAUAGGCGGAGGUGCUGGGUGCUUCAAAUGUGGUUCUCUUGAUCACAUUGCUAAGGACUGCGUUGGAGAUCCCGCUACUGGACAACCACAUUCAAAUUACAUGCUGAAAGAUGAUAAUACUCAACGUGGAGGAGACAGAAGCACUAGGUAUGAAAUGGUUUUUGAUGAAGAUGAAGAAGUACCAAGACAUAGUAAGAGGAGAAGAGACCAUAGAGACGAACAGAGUGAGAAGAGGCAAAAUAACAAACAACAAGAUGCAUAUAGACCUAGAAAUGAGGAUGAAAGAAGAAGCGACACACAUGAUCGGCAGAGACGACAUGAAAAAAGUAAGAGCAGGGAAGAUGAGGGUUAUGCACGGCGUCAAAUAAGUCCACACAGGAGAGGAACAAAAGACUCCUUGGACAGAAAUGGCGGAGAUGAGAGAGAACACAGAAGAAGGUAUGGAAGUGGGGACCGUCAAAAGAAGGAUGGAGAUGAUGCUGGCCAUGGACACAUGAGGGAUGCAAGUAAGUAUGAAAAGAAGCGUGGAGAUGAUGUCGGCCAUGGAGACAGGAGAAAUGAAAAUGAGAGAAGAAAGAAAAAUGGUAAUGAAGAUCCACGAGGGAGUCACAGGGAUAGACAUGAAUCUGGAGAUGAUAAAUACAGUCAUAAACGUAGGGGUGAAGAGCGACACUCAGAUAAGAGAAGCUCGAAAGGUGAUGAUUAUCGAGAUCGUGCUAGGAGGAACUGAGUUGAGAAAGUGCCUCCACCUCGAAUGAGGCCAUGGUUUUGUCGUAGAGAGUGAAAUGAAGCAGUGGGAUAAUCGUUCAUGUGCCUGUGAUUCUUGUAAAAGUUGCAGCAGUUAGUAGUUUCAAAGGAAGUCUGCUUCAAGAUAUUGUUAAACAUAGGUUAGAAAAUUUUCAUGCAAAAAUUGUUAAACAUUGGACAAAUGCAAAAUCAAGCAAAAUUCAAAA